AUGGAGUUAGGAAACCAAACGGCUGCGGAGAAUAAUGAUAAUGAUGACAGCAGUGAGCGUGGUAACGAAAUCCCAGAUGGUUUGGACCAGAAUAGAAUUCACAUUUCUCCGGUCCCCAAGUUCUUCGGUUUCAAACAAUUCAAGAAGCUCCUGGAAAAGCAUCUGUCGGGCAUAAAUAUUGGAAAAAUCCGUCAGAUGAAAUUUGACGCAUACGUAACCUUCAAGUCCGCUGAAGAUGCACAGCAGGCCAUUUUAAAACUCAAUGGAUUGGCUGUAAAGAAAGCUGUAUUGAAAGCUCAACUUGCCCAAACUGAUCGGAAGACGUUUUUACCGGAGCAUGCUCAGCCAGGGAAAGCUAAGACCGCAAGGGAAAGUGUUACUAAGCUUGCGGAUUUGCCUUACAAUGAACAACUGUCGCAAAAGACUAAAACUUCUUUGAGAGCAUGUGAAAGGUUACUUGCAGAGAUGAAGAAAGCAAAUGUCGACUAUGUAAAUCAGCUGCACCCUGCUGAACUUUUAAAACAAACUGCUUUCUUUUACUUUUUCAACUUGACUGUUCAGAUUAAGCCGUCACCGAUAACGACAGGCUAUCGCAACAAGUGCGAGUUCACUAUUGGUCUUACAUGUGAGAAAAAGGUAUGUGUUGGAUUUGUGGGCGGACGCUUCUCCAACAAUGAACAUUACAUUAUUCCCAUAGAUGAUGUUGAUAAUAUCACAGAGAUGACGAAGAAGAUAGUAAAAGCUGUGACAAAUUUUGUGCAAGCGUCAGGUCUGCCUCCAUUCGACGAAUUUUCGCGAGUUGGCGUCUGGAAGAUGCUCACUGUGCGACAUUUUGGUGGUGACGUAAUGCUUAUUCUCACAGUGAACCCUCUCGAAGAUCGGGUUGAAGAGGAAAAACUCAAGCAGAACUUUUGUUCAAGAUUUUUGAACAGCUCAACAUUUUUGGAGGACGGCUUUAGGGUGACAUCAUUAUAUUGGCACUCCCUCGCCAACUGCAGUGACGUAACUGACUACGAGCACAUUGGAGGAACUCCAUACAUCUACGAAACCGUGUUAGGAUGCCGCUUUCGCGUUUCUCCGUCGGCAUUCUUCCAAACAAACAGCCGUGCUGCCGCAGUGUUAUACAACACUGUAGGUAAGGAAUCAUAUUUGCCUCGUGAAAGAUUAUUGCUGGUUUCUUCUCAAAGUGGUGUGCGGAUAACUGAGCUUGCGCAGAACUAUCUGGAUGUCAAAGUGAGAGAAGCCAGCGGGCUUGCCACAUCACGGCAGCAAUCAAUGGAUUGUGAUGAAGAAGAUUCGGAAGUUCCACCUAAACGUUUGAAGUUGGAUGAAUCCAGUAGCGAAACUGUGAAGAUUGAGGGAACUGACGGUAAAGACGAACCGCUACGUUCUGAAGCUCAGAAUAGUACGAAGGCGCGCCCCACAAUCCUUCUUGACAUUUGUUGCGGAACAGGUACCAUUGGUCAAUGUGUCCUCAAAGAAUUCAAGAAAGACAACGAUGUAAGAAUAUUUGCUAUACUCCACGUGGUAGAAGCGGCCAUAAUGGAUGCCAAAGAAAAUGCCAAAGGAAAUGGUAUGGGAAAUGAUGUAUGCUGUUAUUUUGCUGGCAAAGCGGAAGAAGUUUUUCCGUCUUUACGAUUCAGUCUUCCCCCUGGAGUAAACCUCGUCCAUUCGAACGUUGUUGGAGUGUUGGAUCCACCAAGAUGUGGGGUACAUGACAAAGUUGUGCUUGGAUGUCGUAUGAUGGAAACUCUGCGACGACUUGUCUUUGUAUCUUGUGAUCCAGCAGCAGCUAUGAAGAAUAUUGUCGACCUCUGCCGCCCGACCUCGAAAAAGUAUGCUGGCCGCCCGUUCAAGAUCGUGUCGAUAACGCCUGUUGAUAUGUUCCCGCAGACACCGCAUAUUGAGUGGGUUGUGACUAUGGAGCGCUAA